AUGGAGCAUUUACAAGCUUUGAUUGAUCCAAGCAAACAGUUUGCCAAAGACUCGAUUAGGUUGGUCAAGCGGUGUACAAAACCAGAUCGGAAAGAAUAUCAAAAAAUCGCUGUGGCGACAGCAGUUGGAUUUGCCAUUAUGGGUUUCAUUGGUUUCUUUGUUAAAUUGAUUCACAUACCAAUCAACAACAUUAUUGUUGGCGGAUGA